UGUCUCUACACAGAAUCGGCUGUUGAGUGUGCUCUCAAUGGAGGGUUUUAGCUGUUCUCUGACAAAGAGCUGGUUCUGAGCUGCACAUCUCGUCCUCUUUGUUCAGCCUCUGGCUUCAAGCAUUGAAUCCUAAAUAUUCUCCAGCUGGGAAUCAGACAAGGGCAGAAAUGAAGAACCCAGAAGCCCAGCAGGAUGUUUCAUUUUCCCAGGGAUUUCGCAUGUUGUUUUACACGAUGAAACCCAAUGAAACUUCAUUUCAAACGUUAGAAGAGGUGCCUGAUUAUGUUAAAAAGGCAACUCCAUUUUUCAUUUCCUUGAUGCUACUUGAACUUGUUGUCAGCUGGAUUCACAAAGGGAAGUCACCGGGUCGCUUGGAUGACGCUUUAACGUCAAUCUCAGCUGGUGUUCUGUCUCGACUUCCAAGUCUAUUUUUCAGGAGCAUUGAACUGACCAGUUAUAUUUACAUCUGGGAGAACUACAGGCUGUUCAGUUUGCCUUGGGAUUCUCCAUGGACUUGGUAUUUAACCUUCUUCGGAGUUGACUUUGGCUACUACUGGUUUCAUCGUAUGGCCCAUGAAGUUAAUAUUAUGUGGGCCGGACACCAAACACAUCAUAGUUCUGAAGACUAUAACUUAUCCACAGCACUGAGACAGUCUGUCCUCCAGUUAUAUACUUCCUGGAUUUUCUACUCUCCCCUGGCCCUCUUCAUACCCCCUUCAGUAUAUGCUGUUCAUCUUCAGUUCAAUCUUCUUUACCAAUUUUGGAUCCAUACAGAGGUCAUCAAUAACCUUGGUCCUUUGGAACUGAUUCUUAAUACUCCUAGCCAUCAUAGGGUUCAUCAUGGCAGAAAUCGUUAUUGCAUAGACAAAAAUUUUGCUGGUGUUCUUAUUAUUUGGGAUAGAAUUUUUGGGACAUUUGAAGCAGAAAAUGAAAAAGUUGUAUAUGGCUUAACACAUCCCAUUAAUACAUUUGAACCAAUCAGAGUGCAGUUCCAUCACUUAUUUUACAUAUGGACUACAUUCCGGGCCACACCUGGAUUCUUUAAUAAGUUGUCUGUCAUAUUUAAAGGACCAGGAUGGGGUCCAGGUAAACCAAGACUUGGUCUAAGUGAAGAAAUUCCAGAGGUCACUGGGAAAGAUGUUCCCUUCUCAUCAUCUGCAUCUCAGCUAUUAAAGAUAUACACAGUUGUACAGUUUGCUCUGAUGCUAGUGUUUUAUGAAGAGACCUUUGCAGAUGCAGCUGCACUGUCACAAGUGACUCUCCUUCUAAGAGUUUGCUUCAUUAUCCUGACCUUGACUUCCAUUGGAUUUCUUCUGGAUCAAAGACCCAAGGCAGCUUUUAUGGAAACUCUCCGUUGCUUGAUGUUCCUAAUGCUGUACAGAUUUGGUCACCUGAAGCCUGUAGUCCCUUCCUUGUCAUCUGCUUUUGAGUCAUAUUCUGUUAUAAGUGAAAUUGGGCUCCAGGCCAAGGAGAAAUUUGGAGAACUUUUAAGUUUGAGAGACUGUCUCACAGCAGGAAACCACCCCAAAGUGGAUUGAUCGCAGAAGAAUGUGUUUCCUAUUAUCCAGUUCUCUACCAAACUAUUUUUUUGUAGCUUGAAAAUAAUAAAGAUUUCAUAAGCCCCAAGAGGUCUUUUUUGAUCCAUGAAUGAAGUUACCGUGGAUUCAUAUAACAAAAAUCUGACUUCCUUUCAGCCAUUGAAAUUCAAAACCCUUCCAUUUAUUAGUAUGAAAUAAAAAAAUCCUUCAAAAAAUGUCAAAA